CCCACUGCCUGAAGAAAUAAAGAAGAUGGAGCGCAGUGAGACAGUGUGCCGUUACUGUGGUGUAACCUACCUCAUUUACUACGAGUUCCAUCAACUCCGCACCCGGCUGGCUCAGUUGGAGACUGAGCUCCAGGAUGUGAGAGGGACUGCUGAGAGAGAGAAGGCCCAGCGAGAGGCACUGGAGCUGGGCAGGCUGGAAUGGGAGAGGGCACUUCAUCUGGAGUUGCAGAGGAAAUCAGAAGAGAAGGAGAGCAGCAUGAGAGAAAAGCUGGAAGAUAAGUACAGAGACAUAGAGAGAGUUCUGAGAGAGGAGUUGGAAGAAAAAAAUGAAAGGAGGAGGAGAGAAAUGGAAGAGGAGUAUCAGAAAACCAUUGAAGAAAAAGAGAAACAACUCAGAAGAGAGCUGGGAGACUCAGAGGCGGAGAGACUAAGGAGCCAGGGAGACGAGCUGGAGAGGAGGGCCGAGGAGAGAGAGAAAGUCCUGAAUGACGCACUUCAAAAGGCCAAUAAAAAUUUAGAUGAGCUGAGAAAAUACCUCCAACAGCUGGAAGAGAGGUGAGGCCUGUAUGUGUUUGUCUGUGUUUCCCGUCCCUGGUGUGAAAUGAUCUCUAAUGCCAGGCUUCAUGUGGGCAAUUAUCCUGUGAGUCAUGCUGUUAACACAAAAACACGCAAACACUUUCAAACAAAUCAGACA